GCUGGGACUGGGUGCCAAACAGUGUACCUUUGUGCAUCACAUCAAACUUCGGCCAUUUGCACGCAUCGCUCUUGAUGCUCACUGGCUGAGCUAGCACAGUGAACGGAAUCACCUGGCGUGCCAAAGGGCGAGUUGGAUGGAUUGUGCAAACUUCGCGCUCUCGUCCGACACAAGAGGUAUCCCUGCAUCCUUCCCGUGAGGCCUCGCGGGUUCUGCCUUUGCUUUCUGCGAGCAGCGCGAUUAUACACUCGUAAUAUUAUUCCGGGGUGGCAGGAAAACCCAGAGCAAGGCAGGAAAGCAACAUGGGUCGCAACGGUGGGCUUUUUGGGCGCCUGCGGGGGAUCGAUGCGUUCGGCAAGACCAUGGACGAUGUGCGCAUCCGCACUAAUGUUGGCGCCAUCAUCACGCUCGUCUCUGCCUUCCUCAUUGUCUUCUUGACGAUUGGUGAAUUCAUGGAUUACCGGCGGGUGCACACGAAGAACAGCCUGGUCGUCGAUGUCAGUCGCGGGGAGAAGCUCACGGUGCAUUUGGACAUCACUUUCCCACGUGUACCGUGUUACCUCCUCUCCCUGGACAUCAUGGACAUCUCCGGCGAGCACCAGAACGAUAUCCAGCACGACAUCAUCCGCACGCGCCUAAGCCACUCUGGCCUGCCGGUCGAGGAGGGAAAAAGGGGCCUGCGGGGAGAGGCGAACGACAUAGCAGCGGUCAAGGGGAAGGUAGGCUAUUGCGGAGAAUGCUAUGGUGGGCAACCGCCCGAGAGCGGGUGCUGCAACACGUGCGAUGAGGUACGCGAGUCGUAUGUUCGCCGCGGAUGGAGCUUCAGCAAGCCGGAUGGGAUCGAACAGUGCGUUGCAGAGCAUUGGAGCGAGAAGAUCAAGGAGCAAAACAAGGAGGGCUGCAACGUUGCCGGCUUGGUCCACGUCAACAAGGUCGUCGGCAACUUCCACCUUUCGCCCGGCCGCGCGUUCCAGGCGAACAGCGUGCACAUUCACGACCUCGUCCCAUACCUCGCCGGCACCGGUGCAGAGCACCACGACUUUGGGCACAUCAUCAACAAGUUCGGCUUUGGCAGCGAAGAGGAGUUCCACAUGAGCAAGGAUAAGCAACGGCCCGAGGACAAUGGAAUCAAGAAGAAGCUCGGAGUCGUAGAUCCGCUCAACGGCGUGCACGCCCACACGGAGAAGUCGCAAUUCAUGUUCCAGUACUUUGUCAAAGUCGUCGGAACAGAAUAUCAAAAACUGGACGGGCAGAUGCUUAAGACGCACCAGUAUAGCGUAACGCAGUACGAGCGCGACCUCGACCCUGGUGCGAAUGCUAACGCCGCCGCCGAGCAAGGCCGCAAGAUGGGUAGUGGGCACCAAAAAGCGCCAGAGCCGCACCAAACGCAGCAUGGCUUCGUGGGUGUUCCCGGCGUGUUUUUCAACUACGAGAUCAGCGCGCUUAAGACGGUGCACACCGAGAGCCGGCAGACUCUGGCGCACUUCCUGACCAACACUUGCGCCAUCGUCGGCGGCAUCCUCACUGUCGCCGGCCUGCUCGACGGCAUUAUCUACAACGGCCGCAUGCACCUCGGCGGCGGCAAAACGGACUACGCGGGCGCGUCGGACGGGCUCGGGUACGCCAGUGCGAACGGAAAGUUCAUGUGAAGUGGGGGCGGCUGUUGUGGUGGUGAUACACCUGGGAUGAUUGGCAUUGCUGUAUGAUACGUUCGGUUGGGAUUCGUCGCAGAAGAAAUACAUAAUUGCACGUGCU